AUGGCUCGAAGAUCAGAGCCUAUGAGAAGAAAGAGAGGACCACCGAAAGCGCUCGUGGACAGCGCGGAAGCGCCGAAAGAGGGCGCGGGGAUGCGAGCCGAGGCCACGGAGUUCGUCCCGAACACGCCGGGCACCCCAAGCGGCGCGGGCAUGGCCGCGAUGGGCUACCCUUGGCCUUACGGCUUCGGAGUGAACCCGCUGAUGGGCAUGUCCCCCUUCGGCUGGCCCGGAAUUGGCAUGCCGCAAUCCCGGGUCCCCAUGCCGCCGGCGAUGCCGCAAGCGCUGCCGGCCGGGCGGUUCCGAGGAAAGAUAAAGUCCUUCAACCCUGACAAGGGAUUCGGCUUCAUCGAGUGCCGGGAGGUCAACGCCCGCUACGGCCGGGACACCUUCGUCCACAAGGCCCAGAUCGGCGACCUCAAGGCUGGUGCGGACGUGAUCUUCUCGGUGGAGUGCAACAAGCAGGGCAUGCCCCAGGCGAAGGACGUUACCUCUGGCAGCGGCAUGCCCGCGGUCCCCGGAGGGGCGCCGGCGGGCAAAGGCAAGAAGGGCGGGAAGGACGACAGCAAAGGCAAAGGCGCCAAGGGCGAGGGGAAGGGCGCCAAGGGCGAGGGAAAGGGCGGCAAGGAGGGCAAGAAGAAGGCGAAGGAGCCCAAGGAGAAGACGGACAAGAGCGACGAGGCGGCAGCGGAGGCCCCCAAGGCGGAAGAGCCGGCCGCGGAGGCCCCGAAGGCGGAGGAGCCGGCCGCAGCCUGA